GGCCGGACCGCGCGAGGCGGGGGUGGGGCUGCGCGCGCGCAGAGCGGCGCCGCUGCCUCCUCCUCCUCCUCGUUCUCCUCCCGAGCAGCGGCGGCGGCGGCGCGGCCGCGCGGAGCUUCCACAGCCGCUGCCAGGGCCGCCCAGCCCGGAUCCCGCUCUGAUAUGGCUCGUGGACAGCAGAAGAUUCAGUCGCAGCAGAAAAAUGCCAAAAAGCAAGCUGAGCAAAAAAAGAAACAAGGACAUGAUCAGAAGGCUGCAGCCAAGGCUGCCUUGAUAUAUACCUGCACUGUCUGUAGGACUCAAAUGCCGGAUCCCAAGACCUUCAAACAGCACUUUGAAAGCAAGCAUCCUAAGACUCCACUUCCUCCAGAAUUGGCUGAUGUUCAGGCGUAAAGUUGUCUACAGGUGAAGUCAUGACACCUAUUGACUCUUCUACUGUCAGACCUUACAUAACAAACCUGCAGCUGCUUUUCUAAAACUGUUGAUCAGCAAAAAUGAAGGGGCUACAGAAACAUUCAUAUUUUUAUGCUGUUCCCUCUUGGGCUUCUUGAAAAGACAAUUCUGUGUAAAUGUACAGUUGUGCCCUAUUUGGAAAUCCUGAAAAAUCAGUCCAUACUUGUUAUAAAAAUUUUUUUACAAUUGUAAUUAUAUUGAUGUUCAUAUUGUGUAAAAUAACUCACUUAAUAAAGUAGUACUUUGAUUUUACAAUAUCACAGAUUAACUCCUUGUAGAAAUUCUGUUUCAACUUUCUGCAUUAUCUGCCUUAUAAAAUAAUAAAAAAGACAAAAGUGGAAUUUUCCCCAUCCUGCCAAAACAUGAGCAGUAUCAUUCCACUGAAAGUAAUGUACAUUACAGUAAAUUAAAAUGGAAAGGGAAGCUGCUCAUAUUUACUGUCCAAUGUGCUGCCUGCUUGAGCCCAGCCACUAGUGGUCAAGCUGACGGCUCAAGGCACAGCACUUGCCCAAGCAGCUGCAUGAGAAUCAUGAGACUUCCUCCUACAUUUUUGUCCUGGGUAUUGGAACCUAAAUACUGCAAGCCAUUUCAAAUAGGAUUCCUUUACUGUGAGGGAUCAUGUUCCUUUAAGUCAUGCACUGGAGAGACUCUGGUUAUGCUUUUAUCCUUUCUAUUUAGGUAGAUGACUGAGGAAGCUGAGGGGUGGCAGGUUUGAAUGCUUCUGGGUAUGCUGACUUGAAAAAUGCUUGCAAAUACUAGGUUAAAGCAGAUCUGCUCUUAGUUGAAAAAUGGGUUUGAAAAUAUUUUUAAUGAUAUUUUGAGCAGUCAACCACACAUGUUCCCCCUCAAAUCUGUCUGGUUAUUUCUCUCUUCAAGAAAUACGUAAAAUAGCCAGCCAUUAAUAACCUUCCUUCACAGCCAGCUUAAAAUAAGAAUGUUGGAAAAGAGCCAAAGUAACUAAAAUAAUAUGGCUACUUAAAGAAAUCAGAUGUGAUUAAAGUUGCAUUGAUAAGAAAAAGCUGGAUAAUAACUCUGGCCAAGAACAUUUGAGCAGAUAAACAUAAUUAUCUUUAAACUGUUCUGGGCUGAGUUCUAAUCCCGGAUGUACAGCACAGAAGUGGAAAAACAUCUGAAUUGUGCUAGAAGGUCUGACAUACAAAUUUCCAUCUUUGGCAUUUGGAGGGGGCUUAUUUAAGAGCUUUAGUUUUGACUCUGCAGUGAGAAGCAAUACUAGAAUUGCUGGGAUUUGCGAGUUUACAAUAGAUGUAAAAAUUCUGGCAGUCCAACUAACCCUUGCUAUGCAGCAGGACUGUACAUCUGGCCUUCACAUGGCUUCCUAAAAUCUAGGACCAUAGUCUCAAAGACUCAUUCACUUAAAAGAAUGCACUUGGUAUUUUAUUAUAUAAAGUCAAAGCCUUUGUCUUCGUCCACUCAUUUGCUCUUUAUUGAACUACUGUGAGACUAGCUUCCUGUCCUCUUUGCUGUGACAGUAUCUCUGUAAAUACUUACUUUGGCAUAAAGUUACUCUGUAUUAUAGUCACUCUGGGAUAACCUGUAUACCACUUAACUUUUAUAGAUAAUGUUAUUCUCCUCAGCGUAAUCCACUACUGCACUUGUACACCUGACAUGAGAAUGUAACGCUUGAUUUAUUUUUCUUUAAUGUUAUCAAUACAUAUAUCCCGACAAACUGGCUCCACAAGGCAAGAAAUCUGCUCUUGACCUUUGUGCUGUAUGGGGGAGAGGUACUGCAAUGUUCUAAUGCUGUAGUUUGUCUAAGAAUACGCUGAGUGCAAAUGGAUAAAGAUGUUUCUUGCGCUGAUUGGUAUUUGAUAAUCUGGUUUUACUUUGAAAAAUGUUUGGGGAUGUAUCCCUAUAGCUUGGUCCUGAGGUGAAGUAUAUGUUCUAUUCCUUCAAUUCAGAUUGUGUAGCAUUAAAUAAAAAGACUUUGUUUCAUAAACAAUCUCUCUUAAUGAGCACUGAAGAGUUGGAAAGCUGCAUCAGUAGUGGGAUGAUUAACUUCAGUUAGAACCGUGUUUUCAAAACUCCAUGAUGCUCAAGUUGAAAAUACCUUCUGAAAUGAUGGGGUUUCUAUUAUUGGAAGGAAAGGAUGAUGCUUGGUUCAAUAAAAUCCCUAGCUACAAUAGCUGUAAUCUCAAUCACAGAACUAAAUGAAAGCUAUGACUGAAGUGUUGUAAAGGCUGUACCAAAUGUGGGAAUAGUCCUCAUUUAGAAUUAUCUGCAAUACUCCUUAUACCUAAAAGGUCAGAGGAGGGACUAGUUCUCCAUCAUCUCUUCCUGAUCUGGAGGUAACACACCCUGGUACCUGGCUAAAGACACAGUUGUGUGUUGUAAUGUGUCUGAUUAAAGAGAAUUAAAAAUGUAAAAUGU